AUGUGGACGAAGCCCUUGGAGCAAGAGUUGGCGCCAGUGGGCCAGCUGGGCGACGCUCUUGUAGCAAGAGCCAAUGCCAUUGGCAAGCUGGGUGAUGCAAUAAUAGGCGACGCUAAUGGUUAUCUGGGUGACGCCGAUAGAGCGAAGCCAAGCAGCUUGGACGAUGUGUUGGGCAUUGGUUGCGUAGACGAGGAGGCAAGGCGCAAGGCAGGUGACGCCCUUUUGCAGUUAGCAUGGGGGCGACGCCUUUGUGCAGGGAGCAAUGGGCGACGCCUGUGGGCACUAGUAGGGUGUGGGCAACGCCAAGAGGGACUAACACUCGCUGCUGUUGUUGGCGCCAUUGCCGCUGGCGAUGAAAUGUUGGAUUGA